CAACUUUUCAACCCCCACCCACUCCCCCGCCAUGCUCUACGUUAUCGGCCUCGGCCUCAGCGACGAAAAGGACAUUACUGUCAAGGGCCUCGAGGCGGUCAAGAAAUGCGAGCGCGUGUAUCUUGAGGCGUACACGUCGAUCCUGAUGGUCGAGAAGGAGAAGCUGGAAGAGUUCUACGGCCGCCCAGUAAUCACCGCGACGCGCGAGACGGUCGAGCUGGAAGCCGACGACAUCCUGCGCGACGCCGAGACAAAGGACAUUGCCUUCCUCGUGGUCGGCGACCCGCUCGGCGCGACAACGCACACUGAUCUGCUACUGCGCGCCGACGCGCGCGGUGUUCCCACGCAGACGAUCCACAACGCGAGUAUUAUGACGGCGCUCGGGAGCACCGGACUGCAGAUGUACAACUUUGGCCAGGCGAUCAGCCUGCCGUUCUACACCGCCUCGUGGACCCCGGACAGCUGGUACGACCGCCUCGAGGAGAACCUGCGCUUCGGGAUGCACACGCUUGUUCUGCUGGACAUCAAGGUCCGCGAGCAGAGCGAGGAGAACAUGGCGCGCGGCCGCCUCGUCUACGAGCCCCCGCGCUUCAUGAACCCCUUCCAGGCGUUCAAGCAGAUGCUGCUCACCGAGACAAAACGGCGCAACCCCGAAGUGGACAGCGACGACGAGGACGCCGAGGCCGUGCUCGCUGCGGCUGCGGACGCGCCGCGCUUCCUCGACCCGGAGCGCACGCUCGCCAUGUCCCUCUCGCGUAUUGGAACCCCCACGCAGCGCAUCAUCGCCGGCACGCUCGCCGAGCUCGAGGCGCUUGACGAGGAGGAGUUUGGCGCGCCCCUCCACUCUGUCGUCGUUGUCGGCAAGCGCAUCCACCCCCUCGAGCUCGAGUUCGCCGGCCGCUGGUGCGUCGGCGGCGAGCAGGGCAAGUGGUGGUCUGUCGCCAAGGACGUGUACGGCGUCGAGCGCGAGACGUUCGACUACUAGGCGACGCCUUGAGCGCCUCACGUUUUGACUACUACGCCCAUACUACUAGGCUCCGCCAGCGGCGGUUCAACCCAACAAUCAAUCUAGACAGCUAAUGCUUCAUCAUGCAGUGCAUUCUCCA